AUGAGUAUGGGAACGCCAGCAGUUGUUAUGGACAACGGUACCGGAUUAACCAAGUUAGGUUUUGCAGGUAAUGAUUCACCUUCAUUUAUAUUCCCCACCGCAAUAGCAACAUCAUCAGCAUCAUCAAAAGCUGGUAAAACCACCAUUAGAUCAUCGAAUUUAUCUUCGAAAAGAGGAUUAGAAGAUUUAGAUUUUUAUAUAGGAGAUGAAGCCUUGGAGGCAGCAAGUGGACCACAAUAUGGAUUACAUUAUCCAAUAAGACAUGGACAAAUUGAAGAUUGGGAUCAAAUGGAAAGGUUUUGGGAAAGCUCUAUUUUUAAAUAUUUGAGAUGUGAACCUGAAGAUCAUUAUUUUCUUUUGACUGAACCACCUUUAAAUCCUCCAGAAAAUAGAGAAAGUACUGCUGAAAUUAUGUUUGAGAGUUUUAAUUGUGCAGGUUUAUAUAUUGCAGUACAAGCAGUUUUAGCGUUAGCUGCAUCCUGGACUUCACCAAAAGUUCAAGAUAGAUCAUUAAGUGGUACAGUCAUUGAUUCUGGUGAUGGUGUAACUCAUGUUAUACCAGUGGCAGAAGGUUAUGUUAUUGGAGCUGCUAUAAAAAACAUACCGUUAGCUGGUAGAGAUAUUACAUUAUUUAUACAACAAUUAUUAAGAGAUAGAGGAGAAGCUGAUACAAGUUUACAAACUGCUGAAAGAAUUAAACAACAAUUUUGUUAUGUAUGUCCUGAUAUAGUUCAAGAAUUUACAAGAUUUGAUCAAUAUCCACAAGAAAAAUUUGCACAAUAUAUGGUUGAAUACACCGACAAGAAUAAAAACAAAAUAGUUGAUGUUGGAUACGAAAGAUUUUUAGCACCAGAAAUUUUCUUUAAUCCAGAAAUAUGUUCAUCAGAUUUUUUAACACCAUUACCAAUAGUUGUAGACCAAGUAAUACAAGCAUCUCCUAUUGAUGUAAGGAAGAAAUUAUACAAAAAUAUAGUCUUAUCAGGUGGUUCAACAAUGUUUAAAGAUUUUGGUAAAAGAUUACAAAGAGAUUUAAAAUCAAUAGUAAAAGAAAGAGUCGGAUUAAGUGAAAAAUUGAGUGGUGUACAAAGUAGUGGAGUUGAUGUACAAGUUAUAUCACACAAAAAACAAAGAAAUGCUGUUUGGUUUGGUGGUUCAUUAUUAGCUCAAACUUCAGAAUUUAAAAGUUUUUGUUAUACCAAAAGUGAUUAUGAUGAAUAUGGUCCAAGUAUUGUAAGAAAUUUUUCAUUAUUUUCAGUACCAUAA